UGGCGGCAAUUAAUCGCAGUUCGUUUUUAAACGCGUCGCGGCGUGGUUGUGUUGUGUGUGCAGCACAAAACGAAGAAGCGAACGAGCGAACCCAAAGAAACAGAUUCCAACUACAGGAGAUUCAUCCUGACGGACAGCCGAUCGGUGGUCACGAAAGAAAUGCAAGUGAAAGUGAAGUUCCGAUGAUCGAAUGUGAAGAUACCUGAAUGAGCUUAUUGGUGAAACAAUAUACAUACAUACAUAAUAGAUAUAUUAAGCAUAGGAUAAUGUUCAUAUAAAUCGGAUUAAAUUCAUUUAAGUAUAUUAAAAUUAAAUUUGCAGUUUACGCCCAGAGGUUUCCCAUUUAUUUCGGCAUCGUGUUGGAGUUAAAGGACACAGCAAGGAGUAGGGGAAAAUGGAAAUGGCCAUCAAAGCCGCGACAAUGGCGCCCAUGUUUUUCCGCUGACCAUGGGCUCGCACAGGGGACAUGUCGAUGCGGAUGAUGCGUCAUGUUUUCGCUUUGGCCUUUGAGGACUAAAAAUUCCAGUUGGCGUAAACGGAAGGGCACGAAACCAGCGGCAACGCAAUCGAUAGCCACACAAAGGAUCGCUACGCACCACCAAAAGCAAAGCGCAGAUCAGCCAAUCAAAGGGAGCCCCAAAGAAGCGGGUAGCCCCACCAUAUAGGGGCAUUGGUAUUCCAUUCAAUCGACUCUGAACCGACUGCACAGAGCAGAACAAACCCAGUCAGCGCUCAAGCAGCACCACGUAUCCCGAAAUGAGCAGAAACAGCAGCAGCCACAGCCGGAGAGCAGCGGAAAGGAUGAGGAUGCCACCAGCGUGUCAGCUGCUGCUGUGGAUGGGAAUGCUGAUGCCAUUGAUUCUGCUGCAGUUGGGGCAGGGCCACGCCACGGCGGAUCUAGAAGCCGCAACACUGGCUGGCGCGCAGGGAGUAGUAAAGGCCGUUGUAUCCCCACGGGCUCGCAUCAAAGCGGAAGCGGAAACCCUGAUGGCGGCAGGCGACAGCUUCAACAUUCGCCACGGACGCUCCCGCACCUCCCAUAUGCUUCACAACACAAACAUCAACAGCAAUGGCAGCAAUGGCAGCAAUGGCAGUGGGACCAGUGGGAGUGGCAACACCAGCACACGUAUCACCCUAGUCGCGCCCACACAGCAGCCUGGGGCAGGUGGCACUACAAGCGCCCCAGUCACGCAUAAAAUACGCAAAUUGCAUAAGAAGAAAAUCAACGAAAGCAUUCGAAAGAGCGUGGACAAGAGCCUGGGUGUGCUCCAUCCGGCCAAGAAUCACCGCAGCCUCGCCGAGGCUGAACAUCUACAGGGUCGUCGUCCCACCCACGAUGACGACGACGACGACACGGCCGCUCUAAGUGAGGUCAUGCAAUUGGCGGACGAGAUUGAUCUGGAGAAUUCAUUAGAGUCGGCUUACCAGAAUGUUGUCGUUGGCUUGACAGCCACGCCCACGCCAACACCACCAGCAGCAGUUGGAGGCUCCUCUGCUGCCAAGUCAGCUCCGACACGUGGCACAGACACAGGUGCAGCCGAUGAAGCUCUGGACCGGCGGCCAUUUGUGCGUGCCAACAUUGAUGAGGUCAAUUACGUCGAGGAUGAGGCGCCGAUGGAAGAUUCCCAGGAGUUAAGUGUGGAUGUGGAUGUGGAUGAGGCCGAGGACGAGACGUUAUCGACCACUUCAAUGCCCAAAAUGGCGAAAUUUGCGCCUCAUCAUGUGACCACUAGUGGGGCAAGAACACGUCUGCUGCCCGUGAACAGCAGCAGCUGGCAGGAGCCGGCAGUUGGCGAAGACAAAGGCGACGACAUUGGACUCCGCCCUGAAGACUCUACAGAAUCCGAUUACCGUCUCGAUGACUCGCAUUCACGCAGUGAAAACGAUGCCUUUAAUAUCGCUGAUGACGAGGACGAUGUCAAUGACGACGUUGACAUUGACGCAGAGAACGCAGCAAAGCAGCAGUCGUACGGUCGGCUGCCCUUUGAAGAGUUGCAGCUGCUCAAUGAGAGCAGCAGCACCACAGAGUGGAUGGAUGAUGGUAAUCGCAAUGGCAUCGCUGGUCCUGGGGCCGAGGCGCGCUCCCAGGCCAACAUGGAGGUGAAACAGAUCCAUUUCGAGGGCGAAGGGGAGUCCGAUUCGGUGCUGGAUACCUCAGAGGUAACAAUGGACGAUGGCUAUCCGCCGGAAGUGCAAAUUGAUGACAACACCAAGCAGCUGGUCAUCGAGGAUGUAGUGGGAACUGACGAGGACACAGACGAAGAGAACAUGGAAUCGAAUCAGCUAACGGCGGACGUGAUCAAUGCGAGGGAUAGCAAAAUAGAUUUGGUCUCCAAAUUUCUGCAGUACAUCGAGCAGCAGCAUUUGAUGGGCUCCAAUUGUGUGGCCGGCACUUCACUGAAUCUCGGUGAGGGCGUGGUCGACCGCUAUGCCCAGGACCGAUUCCGUGUGGAGGCCGAGGUGGCCGUCAAUCGUGCCAACAUGUUGACCAGAAUAUUUAAGACAACGGGGCAACGGGUGCAGGAAGAUGUCAAUUUGCUGCACGCCUCUGUACUAUCGAUGGUUGAGUUUGACGAUGAUAUAUUCGCGGCCGGAAAUUGCUUCGAUUGGAACGAGCAUCCCGCACAGCCGGGCCUCUUCUGUCCGUUCGCCUACCGCCUGCCACCACCGAAUCUGGGGGCAGUCUUUGCCAAGGAUCUGGCCAUGGAGUAUCACUAUCUGGGCAAUACCUCCGAGUGGUUCUUUCUGGCCCGCAAGAAUGCCGAAAAGGUGAUAGCCCGCAACGAGCAGUAUCUAAAAUCCUUCCAUCUGUAUUCGAACCGCACCGAGGAGCGCAUUGAGACCGAUACGCUGGCUGUUAAAUAUGAGGAUGGAAGAUGGUCGAAACCGUAUUACGAUUGCGGCGGUGGCAAUAUUUGGAUGCUAACCUAUACGGUCCCAUUCUUUGGCUAUGAGAAUGGCAGCUAUCACUUCAAGGGAACAUCUGGCAUUGAUAUUGACUUGCGGCGCGUGGACAUCGACCAGUGCCCGCAGCGCCACACGCCCGGCACAAAGCGGCCCCUAAACAUCUUUGCCGGCACCGACAAGUGCAAGCAGCGGACCACAAUGUGUGAGGCCAUCAUGGGCCUGGGCUUUCGACGCGGCUCCUACAAAUGCCUCUGUCGCAAGGGAUUCUACUUCCCCGACGUGGUGUCGAUCCACAAGUUCUUCAAUGGCAGCCUGCUGGAGGAGGAAUACGAGAAGCUGAUGCUGGGAAAGAACUCCACGUACAACAGCAACAGCGAGUACGAGUGUCUGCCCUGCGCCGAGGGCUGUGAUUCCUGCGAGGAUUCGUCACCAUGCAUUGCCGCCCUCAACUGGCCGAUGCGCGCCAGCAUCCUGGCACUGGCAUGCAUUGUCAUUGGCCUCCUGCCGCCAGCGGCCUGGUUUACGUUUCGCUAUCAGCAAGUUAAGGUUGUACGAGCCGCCAGUCCCGCAUUGUUGCGGGUCAUUGCGUUGGGUGCCUUCUUCAUUUAUUGCACGAACAUUGUGAUGUAUCCGAAUCCGAAUCUCUACACCUGUACCGCUCGCAUCUGGCUGCGAGAGAUUGGCUUCUCCCUCACCUAUGGCGCUCUAAUGCUGAAGACCUGGAGAAUAUCAGUGAUUUUUCGUGUACGCUCCGCCAAAGCUGUCAAAAUCACCGAUGCCGCUCUGCUGAAGCGUUUGGGAAUCAUUUGCGGUGCCAUUGGCACCUGUCUGCUGGUGAGGACACUCGUAUCGCCGCCAGAUGUGGUUGUGGGACGCACCGCCGAUGACCUGAAGGCGUUCCUAUGCAAGACCGACUGGUGGGACUAUUCAUUCACAUCGAUGGAGGUACUGUUCCUGGCCUGGGGCGUGCGACUGUGCAUCAUGGUGCGGAAGGCUCCGUCCGAGUUCAACGAAAGCCGCUUCAUAUCGAUGGCCAUCUACAAUGAGUUCCUGCUCACCUGCUUCCUCAACGUGUCCAUGUUGUUCCUGCAGUCGCCGGCCAAUCCGGAUCUCCUGUACAUCAUCUUCUUCUGCCACACCCAACUGACGGUGACCCUGUUGCUGGCCCUUAUCUUUGGCAGCAAGGUGUACAUCGUGCUGCGCAGUGGCAAAUCGCAUCAGGAGAACAUCGGUAUGGGCACCAAAGCAUCCGGAGCCAAAUUCAAUUUUCGUCCCCAAGUCCGGACCUUUGCCAAUCCGAGUUCGGUGACCACCUCAACGGUACCAGUGGCGGGCACCACGUCAGCAGAAAACAAAUUGUCCGACCAGGAGGCUCUGGAGGAGAUCCGCCAGCUGAGCAUGCAACUGCAGCGUAUACAGGAGAUGGCACCGCCCAAGGGGGUGGCCGUGAUGACGAUAUCGAGUCUGCUCGAUGGACUCAAGACCUCCGGUGGCAUGAUGGCCGUGGCAGCCGGACAUGCGGCAGCGCGUCAAAGUGCCCUGCCACUGUUGGCUUUGAAUGCGGAGAUGCAGAAAUACAAUCAGCAGAACAUCAAUGCGAAUGGCCGGGGUAGUGGAGUGGCAGGUGGUGGCAGUGGCCGGACAAGCAUACCCACAAUGGUACUGGAGACGCCACCGUCGUCCACGCCACCCUCGACGGCGUACGAGGAGCGGGCCAUCAAUACCGAGCUUAGCGGUGACGACUUCCGGGAGCAGCUGCUCCGUCGCACCGCCGACGGUCACAUCAUCUGCAGCCGCUGCCUGGACGCGUCCAAGGAGCACUACUACUGCUGUCCGCCGCGCAGUGCCUGCGACCACAUGGGCUCGCCGCAGCAGGAGGGCAGCAUCAGCUUCGCCAACAUCAAGCUGGACUGCAUGUGCUCGCAGUCGGAGGACCUCGACCAGGACUACAUGCUGCGGCAGCGGCGUCCGGCCGUGCGCUCGGCAGCCACCAACACACCUCCCCCCAGCUGUAAGCGUGGCCCCCGAAACCUGCUCGAGGCCGACGUCUGCAUUACGUAUCAAAUUUGUGAUAACUGUAGAAGUAAGUAUAAGCUUAGUGGCCGCCGGCGCAGCGGCAGUUGCACCCAGGCCCAGGCCCAGACCCACAGCCACGUCCAGACGAGCGGCGGAGUUGGCGCCACGGUUCAGAGCCAGGUGCAGUCGCGCAGCAGCGAGCUGCUUCUCGAUCGCAGUGUGAGCUUAGCCGUGGCCAAGGCAGCGCAUUCCACAGACGACAUUGUCCUCUACACCAGCUCCACCAAAGAGGAGGAUAAGGAGGAGGAGUUGCCCCAGUUGGCACCUGAUCCUGCCCCGGCGCCCUCGCUGGGCAAUGUGUCCAAUGCUUCGAACAACUCCACCAGCCAGACGGACAAGACAAAUGGCAGUGGUGGAACAACGCGUCCCAAGCGGCCGGAUAAGUUGGUUUUGGAUCUGAACGACCGUUCAAAAUACACCAAAGAGGUUUCUGUAUAAAGAUUUAGCAGAGGUAAAGCUAGUGGAGUGUCAAGCCAAUGGUUCUGCAGGAGUUUCAAACUCUCAAAAGGUUUUUCAGAGGCUUUAGGUUGAACCGCGCUGCCUGGCAUUCCUGUUGGCAAUUGAAAAUAGUUUAUGUUUACGCAAAUUGAAUAACCAAAGACUUUAAUAAAUUGUAUUUCCAUAGCCACUUGUGUAGAUAUCGUUACGAUUGAGCUAAGCCCUAAAACCACAUAGAUAUAAGACAUGCCCAGGGCCUAAAACACCUGACUUUAGUGAAAGGACAGUGAAGGAUGGGUGUGGGUGUGAGAGUGGGAGUGGGAGUGGGAGCGUCAGGGAUUUGCAUUGCUAGGCAAAAUGUUUUGCAGCUAUAAUGAGCCCUUAAAUGCUGUGAAUAUAUUUUGCCCAAGGCAAACGCAAACCCAUGCAAGACAAACAAACCAAAAUGCCACAGACUCAGAGCACCCACAUGCAUAAAUAGACACAACAUUUUGCUGAAAGUCAUGUGUUUAAGCUGGCUAUUUAAUUGAAUUUACAUUUCAUGCAUGUGAAUAAUUGCAACUAAAUUGCUUACUAAUUGAAAACGGCAUCGAAUCAUUUCCGAUAGUUGUUCAAAUUAUACUGACGCUGAAAUGCAUUUGCUGUUUAAUUAAUUAAGUCAUAUUUAAGUGUCAAUCUAUUCAAAAUAAAAUACUAAACAACUUUCCAACGCAGCUCUUUCUGUAAAAUAUAAAAUAUAUGAUAAAUGUGGAUGGAAACUGUUUAAUAUACAUAUCUCUGCCAAAACAAAACAAAAACUGCAUGUAAAAACCAAAACAAGUAUGCAAAAUUAAAUCAAAUUUAGAUGUAAUUGUAUUUACAAAUAUCUGAUUAUUAAUUAGUUAAUUAGUAUACAAUUAGCUGCAAUAUUAUAAAUAAUUCCAAAUAAUACACACAUUACUACUUCAAAUGCAAGCAAUUGUAAAAUACAAAAUAUUUAUUGUAUUUAUUGUUUGUAUUGUAGUUACGCAUU